CCGGCUUCUGUAAGCGGAGCGGGGACACUUGCUCUGGAGAGACGAACCGAAGAGAGUGGACACCGCUGCAGACAAACAGAUCACUUUCACUCGACCCCACAACAUCGCAACAUGUCUUCAAAGUGCCCCAAGUGUGAGAAGACGGUGUAUUUCGCUGAAAAGGUGUCAUCACUGGGGAAGGACUGGCACAAGUUGUGUCUCAAGUGUGACCGCUGCAACAAGCUCCUGAAUGCUGGAGGCCACGCUGAGCACAGUGGACGGCCCUACUGCCACAAACCGUGCUAUGCUGCCCUCUUUGGGCCGAAAGGUGUGAACAUCGGUGGAGCCGGCUCUUACGUGUACGACACUCCAGCCAACAACAACCCGUCUCCCACCGGCGUGGAUUCAGCCCCUAAAGCUGAGGAGAAGAAAGUCUUCGCCCCCAAGGCACCAAAAGCAGCUGGCAGCAUCACCACCUUCUCCGGAGAGGCCAACCUGUGCCCCCGAUGCAACAAGAAGGUGUAUUUUGCUGAGAAGGUGACAUCACUGGGGAAGGACUGGCAUCGACCCUGUCUGCGCUGUGAGAGGUGCAGCAAGACUCUGGCUCCUGGCAGCCACGCAGAGCAUGACGGCCAGCCCUACUGCCACAAACCAUGCUAUGCUGUUCUCUUCGGGCCCAAAGGCGUGAACACUGGUGGCGUUGGCAGCUACAUCUAUGACAAGGAGCCCAGUGCAGUGACCCAGCCUUGAACCUUUUGUCCCUUCAGCUUCAUCCCUCCUCUCUACACAACACUGACCAUCAACCACAGUAUUAUUCGUAGCCUUAUUUUCUCUUCGUCCCACCUGUGCGUUUAUACCUGAGACAACCAGCCUUCUGAUCCUUUUUCUCCUUUAAUCUGACCCGCUCCCAGCUGACUUAGCACCAUGAGGAAUGAUUUCAAUUUGCCUAGACAUGUGUUUAUAUUUGCAUUUGCUCCAGGAGAGCCACAUCCAGCAUUCCCACAAAUAUUUCCAACCGUUAUUUUUUUGCACAUUUAUAAAUGUAUGUGAACACAUUAAAUGUCACCACAGUGAAAAUCGAAGGUCUUAUAUUUCAAUUUUGUACCCUGAAAAUUGUAUGAUUGAGGAUGUCUGUUUUGAGAUGUAAAAAAAAAAAAGUGACAGUGUGAUUCUCAGGUGUGGAAAAGUGCAUUGUGGGUAGAGGACAGCCAGAGGAUUGUCACCUCGGAGGCUGCUGCAGGCACACGUGGUGCUCAGGAGCAUGUUGCCAAUAAAUCUGUAUUUUACAAAUGCCAUAUUUACAUUUUGGCUGCCUGGAUAUGGAGUCAAAGGAGUGCCAUAAAAAAUAUCUGUAAAAGAGAGAAAAUAAAUAUGUGAAGUUAAAGAUUAAUUAAUAAAAGAAUAAAUAAGUCAAUAAAAAUGGAAAAUAUUCAGAUAAAUAAAUAAAAGACUAGGCCAAUUAAAAAUGGGAAAAUAUAAAGAGAAAUAAAAGUGGAAAUAUAAUAAAGUUGCUGAAAGCCAUAGGGGAAAAGCUCAAACAAUUGGGAAAACAAUAAGGAAAAAUAAAGGUAUAAAAAUAAAUAAAUAAAAGGAAAAAAUUAUUUUUGCCAUAUUUUUUAAAUAUAUAAAAAUAUAUACAGAAAUCAAUUAAGACACAUAUUAAAAUAUUUUUUUAUUUUAUUUGUCUUUAUAUUGCCACAUUUGUUUUAUUUAAUUGUAUAUACUUAUUUAUUCCAUUUUGUUUAAUUAUUUAUUUUCUUAUCCUUUCACAGAUAUUUUUUAUGGCACUUCUUCAACUCCAUACCUGACAUUACAUAAAUACAAUUUAAAAAAUAAAAAGUCCAAACAUAUUGUAAAAUGGUGGGAAAGCUGAUCUCUCAGGCGACUGUUACAUCAUUUUCAUCCACAAAGCUGUAUUGAGUCAACAUGAAUUUAUUCACUUUUAAACAUAUGUUAAUAACCUGUUUAAUGUCAAAAUCUGGAAAAUGUACUAAUAAAUAACAUUUAAAUGGGGCAGAAUGUGGGUAAGGUUUUACAAAGGGGGGGCUAUGAUUUACCAGAAGAUAAACAUGUAUUUAUUGCUUUAAAUCAAGUCCUUUAAAUUUAAUUAUACUACUACUUGAUUAUGAAGGAGGUCAAACAGGGCAAUGUAAGCUGUAUAAAUCUCUACGAACAAGAUUUUUAUUUGUUAAUUUCAUAUAAAUAACCCUGCUGUUACUUUCCAAGAGAUGACGCGCUAUUUGAAACAUUUUUUUGCCAUUAGAAGCAGAAACAGUAGCUUAGCUUGUAGAAACACUGCAGACAAGUCAUUCUGUAAAGAAUGUGCAUCCUAGUAUUACUGUACGACUGUUACUGUGUUUGUUUAAUACUUGUUGUACAUCGUAGGGCUUCAUAGACACUGCAGGGCUCACUGUUUGUAGAACUGCACUUCAGCCCUGCUGUAUUUUGUCUUUUUAAUCCCUCGAAUAAAUAUUUCAGAAACUCUU